UUGCUGUGGGCAGACAAAUAAACUGGAUUGCACGAUCAUCCCAAUUGCGUUAGCUACAAGCAGGAUGUCGGGAAUGCACAAAGUUUGUCUGAUCGUUAUCGUUCUCCUUGUGGUGCAAGGAACCCGUGGCAACACCCUCGGAGUGGCACCGUCUCUAAGAGAAAUGUGGGCUGAACUGAUGGGGGGAACAUCCACGACAGCAGGUGUCUGCGGCAAGGGCUGCUACGUGGAAAUCGCCGGAACGGCGCAUUUCUUCGAAUACCAAUAUUUUGACAAGACAAACCCGUGCAAAGAAUAUAUUUGCGACACCGCUAGUGGAAAUGUGGUGACGCAGAUGAUCACUUGUGCUGAUGACCAACCUUGUGAAAGUCAGACACAAAAAGUGUUUUUGCCAGGAAAAUGCUGCCCCCAAUGCAGAGGUGUAGAUGUAGAUGUGCCGAGAGUUACAGAGUGGUCCGAAUGGACAAAGUGCAGUGAAACAUGUGGCCUAGGACAGAGAGCAAGAAGCAGGACCUGCAUCGUACCCGAGAAUGUUCCAAACGUGGGGGAUUGUUCAGGAGUCCCACUGCUGGAGUUUGGAACAUGUAACCUCACUCCCUGCCCUGUUGACUGUGAAUGGGAGUAUGGAAGGUGUGAGAGGUGUUCGGUAACCUGUGGAAGUGGGACAAAACUGUGUCCACCAGUCAUCAGACAGAAACCACAUCACGGAGGAAGAGAUGCCCUGAUUUUGUUCGCAAUGAAGAGUCACAACUACUUGAGUGCACGGAUCUUGGACCUUGCCCACCUGUUGACUGUGUAAUGGAGUAGGGAAGGUGUGAAGAGUGCUCGGCAUCUGUGGCGUGGAGUGUGGACACGACAGUGUACACCAGUCAUCACACAGGAACCACAGCAUGGAGGAGGAUUGUCCUGCGUUCGUUCGGCCAACGGACGUCAAAACUGUUAGAGUGCACCGCCUGCGACCUUGCCACCCCUGGUGACUGCGAUGGGAGUAUGGAGACUGUGACAGUUGCUCGGUCACCUGUGUUGGUAAAGGGAAUCACUUCUGUCAACCAAUCAUUACGCAACAACCACAGCACGGAGGAAGAGAAUGCCCUGAUUUUGUUCGCAAUAGACAGUCACGACUACUGGAGUGCACCCAUCCUAAACCUUGCCCUGUUGACUGUGAGUGGGAAUACAGAGAUUGCAGCUCCUGCUCACCAUCUUGUGGCUCUGCAACCAAGACCUGCACUCCAUUCGUCACUAGAGCUGCAGAAAAUGGAGGAGAGGAAUGCCCUGUGAUUGAACCGGUGGAAGUGGAGUGCACUGAUCUUCCAGAAUGCCCCUGCCCUGAGGGUUAUCAUGAGUGUACAAGAAUAGACGGCAAAAAAGGCGUGCUUACGUGACACAGUAGACACAACUGUGAAUGCCUUCUGGAAAGCCGGAGUCGUCGUCUGGACUGGGACGGUGACUUCAUACGUGAUGACUGUGACAAUUGCCCAAAGGUUAUAAAUCCUGGUCAAAAAGAUAGUGACAGCAAUGACAUAGGUGACGAAUGUAACUUAUGGCUGCUAGAGAGCAAGAGCUGAUGGCCCCAAUUGAAGGAGAUUGCUGCUGCAGUAAGUAAUGGAGAAGUUGGUGGAAAUGUACUACAUAAAUAAUAAGAACUUUGUUGUUGAAGGGUCAAGACUUAUAGCCAGCUAGUUAGAGUUUACGUAGAGUUUACAGUGACAGUUUUGUAUUAGCCAUGUCAUGCACAGCAAGGGCGACAGUUAGCUACUUGGUCUAUGAAAGUUUGUGUAAUAAUCUGUUAUUCAACAUCACAAUCAUUUUGCAGUGAAUCAGAUUCUCAGCGGUGGUCAAUAUUAUUAUGUGAACGAUUUG